AUGUCUUUCCAACAGUGGGGCCAGCAGCAGUCUAAGAAGCGCAACCGGGAUGACGACGGCGAUGUCGCCAUAGGAGGCACCGAGGGGUUCACAGAGCACCGCAACAAACGGCUGCAGUCGCUUCCCUUCCGCACAUCCCCCACGUCCAAGAAGCUCUCCUUCCAGCCCAGCCCUAGCCCCAGCUAUGGCGCCUACACCGCGCCCCCCACGCACGACAUUGACAGCAUGGAUAUGGACAUGGAAGACACCGACGACGACCACCUCCAGGACCUGCACGCCCAACUAAACCCGGGGCACUGCCAACCCGAUCCCGUCCAAACCGGCGACAUUGCCAGCAGGAUGCCCACGCCCAUACACUGCUCCUUCGCUGCCCAGGUCCGCGGGAACAGCUGCCCGCGUGGGAACAAUUGGAGCGGGGCGGCGGGCAACGUCGCCAUGCAGCCAUCGGCUUUUGGCCCACCGCCCGCUCAUAGCUCCGUCCCUCGCUCGCUAGACCGGGCAGCCCUGGCCGAUUGGAACAUGGUGCAGAACCGACGGCUGCCGUCGCCCAUUAGCGAGAGUGGGGGCGAGGAGCUCGGUACGCUCAGGAUGAAGGGCCAGCAGCACCCGGGCAUGCCCCCUAGAGCGGCGUCUGCCAUGGAGUUCUCGCCACCUACAUCAACCGAGUCCAGCUGUGGCGAGCAUACUAUGGACAUUGAAGCGCCCGCCGCGGGGCAGACACCACCAAAGAAGGGGCACACACGCAGCCGGCACACUCUGAACAGCUGGACCCAGGGACACUCGCAUCCCAUAGAGCACAUUUUCUGGAGAGAACUGUUUGGGCCUGACAUCGACGAGGGCAAGGCUUUCUGGAGGGCCAGGAAGGAGCGCCUGACCGCCUCGCGGGGUCUGGGCUGGGUGGAAGCCCCGGCUGACCAAGCUUUUGUCCCCCCGCAAGAGUCUGAGCCAAGACUUGAACCGCUAUCGGAGGAGUGGUUUGAGGACCUGGACAAGUCGAUCGACGAAAUGACCAGGCUUUUUGAAGAGUUGCGUGUCGCGCCGCCCGAACCGGAGGAUGCUGACUACAUCCAGCAAGCGGAAGCGGGCCUGACGGCCAUGGAGGAGGACCUGACCAACUGCUUCACGAACCUAGAAGCGUUGAAACAGCGGUUCCGUGGCAGCGUCAGGGGCGGCAACCUGUCAAGACCCCCCAGCUAUGGCAGCAGCGGCGGCAACGACCUUUUCAAAUUAUUCCGGCCACGGUCUCUGGAUUUCAGAGUAAAACGCCGGAUCAGCAGGACAGUCAGCAGAAGCUGGCUGGGCCACCGAAACCGGGUGCCUGCCUGCCAGGUCCUCACGCGGUGA